GUUUUGCUGAUGUCUUUUCUUUGAGGCUCCUUCAACGUGCAAGUUCAGAAAAACCAAACUCACGGCGUUGCGAUUCACGCCAGCAAAAGAGAACCUGUCGUGCGUCGACAGAAUAUCAAGGGAUAAAUAUCUACUCUACUGACAACCCCUGCGUAAAAAGCCACGAUCUUCGUUUGACCGGCUGGUCUCCUGCUCUUUUUGGUCGUGAAUCGAUCACGAAUAGAGGAUCGAAUGGUGGACCAACAACAUCAACAGCACGAGGCAGCAGCCGCAGCACAGCACGGAGCAGGAGCGAAUCAUUACGACCACGUGGAGGUCGCUUCCUCGGAUCAUUCUUGGCAGCGUGCCGUAGCGCCGCCGUCAACCCAACGGGCCGCGAUGCGCAGUCCGGUCGCGUCUCUGGACCCCCAUCAGUACGACCCGGCGACUUACCACAGUACUACCUCCGCGGCUGCGGCUGCCGCCUACUAUGAUCCCGCGACCUACAUGCCGACGCCGGCCUCGUACGAAAUCGUGGACCCGACCACCGGCACGGUGCACCACUACCACACGGCGGUUACUUCCGCACUGCCCGGAGCUGGAGGUGCGCCAGGAGGCGGGGCUGCAGCUGCAACGGCGAUUCACGUUCCCGGUACAACUGCGCCGACUACUUGGGACCAUUUCCUCAGUGUCGCACCCGGUGGAGUCGGGCCGUCUUCUGUUAUGGUUGGGACUGGUUCACCAGGACAGGCGACUGCAGGAUCUUCACCAGCCGAGGCUGCUGUUGCGGGUGGAAAACCGGAGGACGUAGCGGCCAGCGCGAUGGUAUCGUCUUACUUGCAGAACCUCGACCCAGCCGCCGCGGCGGCGUACCACCAGCACCAAGUGUCGGCCGCGGCCGCCGGGUACACGAGCACCAUGUAUCACGGGAGUCCACCGCCGGGUCUGGGACCUUACGGAGCUGCGGACCCCGCGACAGCGGCGUUGCAGGCCGCGGAGGCGGCGGGGGCGAUGGCCGCCGCGCGAGACCUGCAACAGGCGGCAGGGGGUAUUAUUCCCGCAGGAGGAACUCCUGCUGGGGGUGGAACUACGACUGUUGUUCCCGGCGCAACCGCUUACGCUGCUACUGUGAUGGACCCAGCAACGCUCGCGUACUACAACGCCACCGCAGGAGGAGAUGCGGGAGCAGCUGACCACAACGCAGCAUCUGCUCGCACCAGUGUGGUAGCUGCAGCUACACCAGGAGCUGCUGCAGGUAUGGAACAAACGCAGAGAAGUGCUGGUGUUUUUAUCGCGGCUACUCCCGAGAAGAAGAAAACGACGCCGCCCGGCAGCGAGGCUGAUGUUGCGAGUGCUCACAAAGCGGCUUUGUUAUUGUCUCCGCACCAGCAGUACAUCAUCUCUACUCCGUAUGCGUCGCCGCAUUGCAGCCCGCCACUCCACGCCAUUUCCGCUCCCGUUAUGGUGCCGGCUCCAGUGCAAUCGUGUAUUGACGGUUUGAUGUUAAUGAUAAUGCGCCUGUGGCGUGGGUCCUAACCCUGAGUGAGCUCGUUGCUUAGAGCGCAUAUAAAUACUCGAAACCGCUUCGGUGCUAUCAGAAUACAAAGAAAUAGAAGAAGCCUGCUUGCGAAAAAUUUAUCAAACGAACAAGAUGUGUUGCAACGUUUUUUGUUCUUGAUAGACUUGAACGGCAAAUAAAAGUAUAAACAAAGAAACUUUCCAGACCCCGCUGUUGUGAUAGCGCACCCGACCGGCGCACCAGCUGCAGCAGUUUCAGUUGCGCAGGCGCAACAGGGCGGGGCGUACCAUCAUACCACCUUCUCUCAACACGGACCGACCUCUGGAGCAGGACCACACCAACACCAAGCGCAGCAUCAGUACUACGGCUCGGGGGCGGCCACGAACAUGCGAGCACCCACUUCCUCCCGGAAGUUGCCCAAUGGAUUGCGGUACGCGGCACGGAAAUCGGACGCU